AGGAAUUAGGUACCCCAGUUCCAUUGGUCAGAAAAUUAAAAUAAUGUCAAAAAAAAUGUAUUCCGUUUGUUCAGCUUUGAUGUUACAAUGCCACUGGCAAAUCAUUAAAUUAGUUACAGCUUGAAUACUAUUCUAUGUUUUUGAAACCAAAAAAUCCCAUGGAAUUAAAAUAAAACUUUAUCAGGAAAUGCAGUUCACAGUAUAGACUCAGAGUGUCACUAUAGGACAAGAGGAGUCUUGGAUCAGCCCUCUAUUCUUCUGCAGCUGUAUCCCGCCAGUUGACUAGAAAAGAUGCAGGAGAAAGCUUUAUUCUAAAAGGUGUUCCGGAAAAAACAUUUUACUUCAUGAAUCAACUCAUUAAGACCAUUCUUUUCUCCAAUAUUAUUGAUAAACAGUGUGAAAUUGGAAGCUAUUACUCUAGGAAGGAAAAACAAACAAGAAAGACAGUAAUGGAAGCAAGCUACAUAAAGGGAAUACAGGAGUUCAAUUUGAGGCAAGUACUUUUUCUGUUCAUAUUCUGGGAUUUGGUCGAUUGGGUGAUACCUGAGCAGGUUCAGUACUCACUUUCAGAGGAAAUGGAAAAAAAUUCCUUUGUGGGGAACCUUGCUAAAGAUUUAGAAUUGGAUGUUGAACAGUUACCAAAAUGCAAACUUGCUGUCUCUUCAGAAAAACAAUAUUUUGCUUUCAAUGAGCAAAGUGGUGAUCUAUAUGUGAAUGACAGAAUAGACCGGGAAAAAAUCUGUGGAAACUCACCUAUUUGUAUGCUGCAGUUAGAAGUUGUUGCACAUAAUCCUUUAAAUAUUUUCCACAUAAAAGUUUUCAUCCUAGAUAUUAAUGAUAAUGCCCCAUAUUUCCGAAAGAAAAAUAUCAUUCUCAAUUUGAGUGAGUCUCAUUUUCCAGAAGCUCGAUUUGCUCUAGGAAAUGCUGAAGAUGAGGACAUUGGAAUCAACGCCCUUCAAGAUUAUCAUUUGAGCUCAACCCCGUAUUUCAAGCUAGAAGUUCAAGAAAGCAAAGAUGGUGGCAAAUUUGCAGAAUUAAUUUUGCAAAAGCCAUUGGACAGGGAGAAAGAGCACACACACCACUUGAUUCUUACAGCUUCAGAUGGAGGACAGCCAGUGAAAACUGGGACUCUUAACAUAGAAGUCAAUGUUAUUGAUAUAAAUGAUAAUCCACCAGUCUUCUCCCAGGCAACUUACAAAACAAGUCUGAAAGAGAAUACACCAAGAGGGACUUCUGUGCUUCAAGUGAAAGCAUCUGAUAGUGAUGAAGGGUCAAAUGCUGAGAUAUCUUAUAUUUUCUGGGAAAAUCCAGAAAAUGUGAAUCAGAAAUUUAUUUUGGAUCCCACUGAUGGAACAAUUUCUCUUAAGGAAAGUGUUGAUUUUGAAGACAGAGGAAGCUAUGUGAUGAUAAUACGGGCAAAUGAUGGAGGUGGGCUAGUUGCACAUUGCAAUGUAGAGAUUGAGGUUCUUGAUGAGAAUGACAAUGCUCCAGAAGUAAUUAUUACAUCUCUAUCCAGCCCCAUUCUUGAAGAUAUUCUACCUGGAGCAGUGGUUGCCCUCAUCAAAGUCCAUGACAGAGAUUCUGGACUUAAUGGGGAAGUCACCUGUUACCUAAGGGAAACUGUACCUUUCCAGGUGGUCUCAUCAUCAGAUAACUACUUUAAACUCCUCACAGAUGGCCUCCUUGACAGAGAAAAAACACCAGUGUAUAACUUAACAAUUACAGCCACAGACCAAGGCAUACCUCCUCUUUCAAAAGAUAAAACCAUCUCAGUACCAAUUUCAGAUAUCAAUGAUAACCCUCCAGCAUUUGAAAAACCUUCCUAUGUUGCCUACAUUCCUGAGAACAACCCAUCCGGAAUGUCUAUUUUCCAGGUUAAGGCUUUUGACCCAGAUCUGGAUCGUAACGCCCAAAUCACCUAUUCCAUUCUUAACAGCAACGUCAAGGACCUACCUCUCUCCUCCUAUAUUUCCAUUAACUCUGAGACUGGAACUCUCUAUGCUCAACGAUCUUUUGACUAUGAGCAGCUCAAAGAUUUCCAUCUGCAAGUGCAAGCCCAGGACGAAGGCUCUCCAUCUCUCAAUAACAGUGUCACAGUCAAAGUGUGUGUACUGGAUCAGAAUGAUAAUACUCCCCAGAUCCUUUACCCUUCCCAAACAACUCAGGGUUCAUCAUUGUUUGAGAUGGUGCCUCGCUCAGCUGAUUUGGGUUAUUUGGUGACAAAAGUCGUGGCUGUGGAUGCUGACUCUGGACACAAUGCCUGGCUCUCUUUUCAUCUCCUGCAGGCCACAGAGCCCUCACUCUUCAUCAUUGGCUCCCACACGGGAGAGAUCCAAACAGCUCGAGCUGUACUUGAGAGAGACAUUACCAAGCAGAGGCUGGUCAUCAUGGUGAGGGAUAAUGGACAGCCACCUCUCUCGGCCACCAUUAGUCUCAACCUGGUCUUUGCUCAGAACUUCCAGGAGGCUCUUCCUGAAAUGAAUGCCCAACCAAAUAACUCAGAGGAUCAGUCAAAGCUCCAGUUUUACUUGGUUCUGACUUUGACUUUGGUAUCCUUUCUGUUCCUGCUGGCAGUGAUUUUGGCCAUUAUUAUGAAACUUCAAGGGUCAAGGAACCCCACUUUUUUUCAGUGCCUCAUUCCUGAUUCUCAUUCAAAGAAUGGUACUGUAUUUCCUCCAAAUUAUGAAGAUGGGACUUUGCCUUAUUCUUAUCAGAUUUGUUUAUCCACUGAGUCCAGGAGAAAUGAACUGACUUUUCUGCAGCCCAAUGUCCAAAUAGUGGAGAAUAUUCUUUGCGAGGAUAAACCUGAUACCUCUUUUAUGGUCAGUGAAGGUAACAUUUUUGAUUCUGGAAAAGGCAUGGUUGUUAAAGGCGCUGUAAAACAUUUCCUCUUCUCUCACCCAUUUGCUGGAUCAUAUAUCCUAACAUUACUCAUUGGGGAACCAAUUUGAUUGAUUGUACAUCAAGUCUUAGUAGCCACCUAGAUAAACUUCCUCCAUGACAAUCUGACCUUAACAUAGUCUUUCAGGUCUUCUAAUGUCACCACUGUAUCUUGACUGUAUCUCAAUACCACUGCAUAUUGACUGUAUCUGAGUCCACUUAUCUUACUGCUGGUUGUUCUCUUCUCUUCUUUCCAUCCUGUUUUCACACAGCAAUAGAGUUUUCUCUGGAGAGUUAGGUCUUUUUAUAAUAUGUCCAAAGUUGGAUAAUUUGAGACUCAUCAUUUGUACCUCUCAUUAAAAACUCUGGGGUGAUUGGACCAAUUUAGUAAGAGUAAAUAAAAGACCUUUGCACUUUGCACAAAUGAUUAAGAGAAUUUCUGUACCCAUUCCAUAUCUAAAUUAUUUAUCAGAGUUCUACUGUUGCUCUAAAAUAUCAAAAUUGAGUGGGAGGCUAUCUGCUGUAAUCAUAGUAAUAAGGCUGGAAAGGAUGCAUCAUGAAAAGAUAAAACCAUUUUAUUUGUUCUUGGGUUUUAUUUGUUCUCUGUCCAAACCAUAAAUUCCAGAAUUUUUAAAGACGAAUCUAUACCUGAGUUUGCAGGUUUUUGGUUAUCAACAAGAGCAAAUUCUUCAGCAUGAUUUCCAUUAGUUUCAAUUUUUUUUACUAAAAUAUGGGAAUAAUGUCUAAGGAUGAGUCACAAUAUAUACAGAUGGUCCUUGAUUUAUGGAACAAUUGGGACCAGAAUCUCAGUCAUUGAGCAAAAUGAUCAUUAAGCAAGAUUUCCAUGUAACUGCUUCAUUCAACAAUUGCAAUCCCAGCACUUGUGGUUGCAAUCUCAUGGGACAUUAAACAGACACUGUCCCAGGUAAGAAGUGCAGGGUACUUUAGGGGGAGUGGGAGACCAUGGGAAGUCUGCUCAGGAGCUUAAAAUAAUCCAUACUAAAAUCCAAGCAGAAUUUUCAGCACCUGGGUGGAGAGACACCAGUGCAUGGCCUGUGCCAGGUCUGCCAUAACCUCUCCUACCUACUUGAGGCACCCCACACGUCUUACCUUAACAUGUUGCCUUUACACUUUCUGCUUGGAUUUUGGCUCCCUCUUGUUUCUGGAUGGCAAACUCUGGCUAAAAGAGCUGCCUGCUGAAGGAGUUCUGCUUUCCACCAUGCAUAAGAGAGAACUCUGGCAGCAUGCAGGUACAGAGAUUUGAGCUUUGUUUCUUCACCCCGCCAAAGGACUCCAGCUCCCCUAUAUGUGAAAGUCUUCAGGAUUUGAUCUCCAAUUCUACACCCUAUCAAAGGACUCCAUUUCUACACCCUGUCAAAGGGCUUCAUGUGGCAGGUAGCUCUUUCAGCAAACCACCAGAUAUAUGAGUGAGUCCUCUCAGCAAGUGGCAGCAGCUUGUAACCAUCUCUGCUGGCUCCCCCAUUGACUUUCUAGGGAAGCUAGCAGAAAAGAUUGCAAAUGGUCAGCACAUUAUCAUGGGCAACUGGUGGUAAGUACAGUCAGGUCGUCAAGCAUCCAGAUUGUGUUCAUGUGACUGCAGGAGUAAUGGUGCAACAUUUUGUGAUGACUGGAAGUGCUUUACAAGCCAUUUUAAAAUAUAGGUGAUGACUUAGCAACUUUUUCAUUCCUGUAAUCAUUAAUAGAUUAGUGGACUAUUUGAACAUGAGUGUAAUUUUCCUGCAAGUAUUUCAACUAGAUAAUCAAAUAAUUUCUUCUGGACCACUUUGGU